AUGGCCGCCAAUGAGCAGGAUACCACGGAGCAGAUUCUCCAAUGGUACUCCAAUCUCUACAGUCGCCGGGUCGACCUGGUAGGCGACUUCGCAGGGAGCGAGAGAUUUCUCGUACACGGCGAAUCACUCCUACUCCAGUGUUUUAGCGACCCACAUCUCGACUUCGACCCAGGCUACCAAUUACUACACGCCUCGUACACUGUUGAGAAAUAUCUGCAGGGCCUCCUGUCCCGCAGCUGCAACUUCCACAUCGCGUUCUUUAACGAGCAUCAAGAAUUCUGUGUGCCUCAAGAUGCCUCUCCCGCCGUUAGCGAGAAGUAUCUGCUUGCACGAGCAGCCAUCAUUCGUCACCUCAGGGUCAAUCUGCCAGACGCUGUCCCAGAGACUGAAGUCCACACUUUCCCUUCAGUUUCCUCAGUCGAGUUUUCAGAAUACCUACGUGCUACCGAUAUCUACUUUGUGCUCUGUCACGAUGGAGCUUCUUUCACAGACAUCCGCAAGAGGAUGUUGCGACACAAGGACCUCGGCUCUCUCAAGGAUGAGGACCCAAGUGUAAAGGGCCGUCAUCAAAGCUACAAGUCAUCAUUUCGCACUUUUAUCUAUAGCAUGAUGCAGCGCGGCUACAGCGCUGCACUCGUGAAUGGGCUUGAGUGGCAGGACACAAAGGUGGUCACAACAGUCUUGGAGCACGCACGUUCCUUGACCCUAGACGUCUCAUCAGCAAAUCAUCAUCCUGAGAGGAAUGUCACUGACAUUGUCGACCUUUCCCACAUGCGUGGAUUCUUACAAACAAUCAGGGAAUCAUGUGAUCAGCUUCUGACUGAGCGUGAGUAUCUGACAGUGCUUGUCGCUUCGAAGCUUUCAGCCUCAAACGCGAAUCUGUCAUCUAUUCUACUACGACAGGCAGCAGCCCUGUCAGAGCUGGCUUUGUCGGAGCGCAUAUUGAAUCAUCAAGAAAUUCCUGAGGAGGUCAACAACUUCAUUCUAGAGUUUUGUCAUGAAGCGCGCAGGUUCAUCAAUAGUCCGGCAUGGGCAGAAGCUUUCGCCGGUCAUCCAGAUUGUGACUUAGCUGACCUUAUUGACGGGCGAUUGCUCGCUUCUUAUGCCUGCAAGGCUUCGCCAAAGCCCAAUGAGCACUUUGAGGUCCUUCUCAAAGCCACAAAAGCUCUUAACAAUCUUGAUAUCCCACUGCAACCAAGCACGUCUCCUGCUGCAGAAGGCUCACCCGAGACCAGCAGUGAUGACGAAAGCUUCACAUACAAGGUUCUUCCCUUCUCGAACGACGUCUUCGACCCUCACCUAGCCCCAAUUCACCUUGACGUAGCUCGGUCGAGUGGAAAACCAGACCCGACAUCGGCUACCAUCUUUCGUGAAGUCACACAUUGGCACAGCCAAAAGUCUUUGAAUCAAAAGGCGAAAGUGGUCGUAGAAAAAGACCCAAAGAUUGCGAAGAAAGCACUUCGCCGGAAUCAAUUUUUCAUGGCUGAGAUGACUUCGUACGCUGCCAGUCUGACGAAUGCUGUUGGUAAAGUUCUAGACCCAGAGACAAUUACCCUCGGCGACAAGACAAAGCCUGCGCCAUCGAACACGGAAAACAAAAGACCAAAACAAGUGCAGAGACAAAGCACCAAGAACAUCAAUGCCUCAAAACAAGCCAUGCUUGACAGUAUUGCAGCAAGCUCUAAGCGCAAAGAUGAAGAGAAUGCAAAGCAAUGGUAUCAGGCUUGGACGGUUUCUUGCGCAGGAUUCGAAAAGCAGGUUGACCUGGCGUCGCGGUACAACAAAGCCAGACAAUAUUUGGCGGACCGCAGCGAGGCUCAGCGUCAGGUUAUUGGUGCAGAUGUGCGCAUCUACAUGCUAAACGUUCUCCUAGAGAUGUGGGUGCGUUACUGCCGUGACAACGCGAAGGAUAAGGGUCUGUAUGUUGCAGCACUCUUAUUCGAUACUGCACGGACUCUCUGUAAUCACGAGACUGUUACCAAGACCAUUGCGAUAUGCCUCAAAGCUACUAUCGAUCGAUUGAAGUUGCCGAAGCUUCAGGUGCCGUCAGCUCAAGGCGAUCGGAAGCUGCCCUUUAAAUUUGCACUGGAAGACACGUUAGUGUCCGAUCUUGCUUUGACGCUGUCCCCAGAAGAGUUUCAGCUUCUCCAUUGUGGGCCUUACUUUGAUAGGACGAUCGACUCUGCUCCAGACUCUCGUGUACCGUUCGAGCCAGACGCGUGGCAACGACGGGUACUAGAUGAGAUUGAUGCUCGGCGAAGCUUGCUUGUCAUUGCGCCAACUUCGGCUGGUAAAACCUUCAUAUCAUUUUACGCCAUGAAGCAAGUCUUGGAAGCCAACAAUGAGGAUGUUCUGGUUUAUGUUGCACCAACGAAAGCACUUGUCAACCAGAUCGCUGCCGAAAUUCAAGCUCGAUUUUCGAAGAAUUACAAGUACAGUCAAUCUGUAUGGGGUAUUCACACAAGAGAUUACCGUAUCAACAAUCCCACGGGAUGCCAGAUUCUGGUAACAGUACCCCACAUUUUGCAAAUUAUGCUGUUGGCGCCCAGCAACGCCAGGGGUUGGUCUGAAAGAGUGAAAUGGAUUAUAUUUGAUGAAGUCCACUGUAUUGGACAAGCCGAAGAUGGACUGGUUUGGGAGCAAUUGCUACUCAUGGCUCCUUGCCCUAUCAUCGCUCUUUCUGCGACAAUUGGCAAUGCAGAAUCUUUCAACGACUGGCUCUCAGCUAGUCAAAAGGCUGCCGGCAAUGAGCUUGUGAUGGUACAACAUCCGCACAGAUAUUCUGAUCUUCGCAAGUUUGUCUAUACGCCGCCUCCAAAGCGUGACCCAGCGAGCUACUUGCCUCUUCCGGCUAACCGGUCAUUUGCUCAGCUCGGUCUCGAUGAGCAUGCGGAUUUUGCAUUCCUGCAUCCUGUUGCCAGCUUGAUAAACAGGAGCCGAGGUCUUCCCAGCGAUCUAUCUCUCGAAGCCCGGGACUGCCUGACUCUGUGGCAGACUAUGUGCAAACAUCAAACUGAUAAGUACCCUGUCGACAAGUCACUCGAUCCCUCUAAAAUUCUCCCUACUAUCAUCAAGAAGGCAGAUAUCAUCAAGUGGCAAGAUGGCCUCAAAAAAAUUCUCACUGCUUGGAUGGCGGAUGAGGCAUCGCCUUUCGAGAAGGUGCGCAGUGACCUCAGCAGUUCCAUCAACCGUAUUCAGGAAGCAUCGCCCACCGAUGAAGUUAAGGAAGACAGUACUGACAACAACGGAGAAGUGGACGAGCUAGGAAUGGAAAUCAACCAUGACAUUUCCAGCAUACUACCACUGCUAGCCGAUCUGCAGCAACAAGAUGCACUCCCGGGUAUCAUCUUCAACUAUGACCGUGCGAUUUGCGAGAAGAUGUGCCGAACACUCAUGAAGCAACUUGUAGAUGCCGAAAUUGCCUGGAAAGAGACAAGCCCCAAGUGGAAAAUCAAGCUGCAACAAUGGGAAGACUGGAAGAAAGAGGUGCAGAGACGAGAGAAGCAGGGUCUCCGUGGAGAUGCUUCCAAGGGCAUGACCAAGCAAGAUCAAAUGAAGGAGGCGGCUAGCGUUGAAGUUAGCGCUUUUGCCUCAUUUGAUCCGAACAAACCUCUUGAUGGAUUUCACUUUGCCGAUCAUAAGAAGUUGUCCCAGGAGGAGUUUGCUGUACACGCAAAGGAGCUGCGUUACCGUGGUGUAGAAGAGUGGCUGAUUGAUGGCCUCAUGCGUGGAAUUGGAGUCCACCACGCUGGUAUGAACCGAAAGUACCGGUACUGUGUCGAAAUGCUUUUCCGCAAGGGCUAUCUGCGGGUGGUCAUCGCCACUGGUACUUUGGCCUUAGGUAUUAACAUGCCGUGUAAGACUGUGGUCUUCUCAGGUGACUCUGUCUUCUUGACAGCUCUCAACUUCCGCCAGGCAGCCGGUCGUGCCGGUCGUCGUGGUUUCGACAUGCUCGGAAACGUCGUCUUCCAUGGCGUGGCACUCAGCAAGAUUCACAAGCUCAUCAGCUCCCGACUCCCUGACCUCAAUGGCCACUUCCCUAUAACCACUACUUUGGUUUUGCGGUUGUUCACUUUGCUGCACUCGUCAGGGAAUGCGCCUUUUGCUGUCCGUUGUGUCAACGCUCUGCUGUCACAACCGCGAUUGUACCUGGGCGGCGAGGAUGCGAAGAUGACAGUGCUCCACCAUUUGCGAUUCUCUAUCGAGUAUCUCCGCAGGCAGUAUCUUCUUGAUGCACAGGGUACCCCCCUCAACUUUGCGGGCGCUGUCUCACAUCUCUAUUUUACGGAGAACUCAUCAUUUGCAUUCCAUGCGCUACUGAAAGACGGAUACUUUCAUGAGCUGUGCGCCAAGAUCGACACAAACAGGGAGCAGGUUCUACGUGAGCUCAUGCUCACAAUGUCGCACUUAUUUGGUCGAAGGUAUUGUCGACAGGCAGAUGAAGAGUACGUCCAGGAAGUGGUCAAGAAGAGCCCGUCAAUUGUGUUCCUACCGGCAAUGCCAGAGACGGCCACCAACGUCUUGCGCCGUCACAACAAGACUACGCUCGAUAUAUUCACUGCUUAUGUGCGUACAUUCGUCGACCAGCAUGUACAACACCCAGACAACACUCUGCCCUUGACCGAAGUCACCGCCGGCAGCAAGACCCCAAGUUCUGGUGUGACCCAGCCCCAAAACAUCAAGGCUCGCUCAACCUUUGUUGCCUUGUCUGGCCACGACGACAAAUUCGAAUCUCUGCACGACCUCUGCUCCACCAGCCGUUCUGGCGUCUUCCUUGAAGAAGCCGUCGUUCCCCACGUCGGUCUCUACCCGGAAGACUCUGAACUCCCUCUAAACGCCUACCUCUACGACUUCUUCCAACACGGCGACGUCGAAGCCCUGAUCAAAGCCAACAAGAUCCGACGCGGUGACGUCUGGUUUGUCCUCAACGACCUCAGCAUGACCCUCGCCACCAUCACCACCAGUCUCUCCAGCUUCCUGGGUCUCGCCACCGAAUCCGACCUCGACUUCAUCGACGUCCGCGGCGGCGGUGACGACGAAGAGGAAAACCGCGAAGACAAAAUGCUACCCAGUGAUACGGCCACGGAAGCCAGUGCCACCACUGCUGGCUCCUCGAACAAGGGCGCGUUCAAGCAGGAAGUUACUAUCCAGCUGAAGAAGAAGGCCAAGAAGAAGGUCGAGGAGAGCUGGGAGGAUGAGAUGGGGAGUGAAGAGGAGGAGUCUGAGGUUGAGGAGAGUUGGGAUGCUGAGGAGGAUGAGGACAAGGAACCCCCUGCGUGGGAGGAAGGAGAGGGCUUGCUGAAUGUGCUCAAGGCGUUUAAGGCAUUGAAAGAGGAGUUUGAUAUGAAGUUUAGGGCUAUGUGGGCUUAG